CUGCGCAUGCGCGUAUUCGCACAUCAUGGAGCUUUCUGCUCGUUCGUUUUUCGAACAUUUUUGAAUAUUUCUAUCGGGUUCCUAACGAAUUUUACUAAAGUUUCAUCUUAAAUUUAAGCGUUCUAUUCCAAAUCGGAUUAUUUCCGUUUAAUUCUUUUGAUAAUUCGCCUGAUGACGACGGCUAUAUGUUCGUCGAAAGUACUAGCAAAUAAAAAAACGCACACAUAACGCCGACCUCAGUGCCUUUCCUUUUUUACAAUAUAAUAUUUUGGCGUGAUCGUCAGCAAAUUGAUCGAUCUUAUAGAUAUGCAGUCACAAGCCAAUAAGGAAUAUAAAUUUAUACUCAUGUAUCAAGAUCAUCUAAUUAAGUUCAUUCAACUACUACCAUUAAAAACCAAAAGGGCUGAAGAAGUAGCAUAUGUUCUUUUAGACAUUUUUACAAUUUUCAGUGCACCGAGUAUUCUACAAAGCGAUAACAGCAGAGAAUUUGCCAAUAAUAUCAUCAAAGAAAUGUGUAAUAUGUGGUCCGAGUUAAAAAUGGUGCAUGGAAAGCCCAGGCACUCACAAAGUCAGGGUUCAGUAGAAAGAUGUAAUCAAGACGUAGAAAAUAUGCUUAGUUCUUGGUUGGAGACUAACAAUACUAACAAAUGGUCGGAAGGAUUACGUUUUGUACAACUGAUGAAAAAUCGAACGCAUCAUACUGGUAUAAACUGCAGCCCCUAUGAGGCCAUGUUUGGAGCAAAGUUAAAAGUUGGACUAAAGAAUUUUAUACCCAACGAAUCGUUGAUCAACGUUAAUAUGGAAGAGGAUCUACAGAGACUUUAUAAAACUAUCGACGAAGUAAGUCAAAGUUGCUCAAACUCUGAAAGUCCAGGUACUGUCCAAGAAAACAUUAUGAAAGAUUAUUUGAUAAUGCCACCCUUACAUAGCAAUAUAACUGAUGAAGUUCAAAGAUCUACAUUGUCUUCACGUGAAAAAAAUCUAAACCAGGAUGUUAUUAUUAUUACAGAAUUGGUGAAUGAAGAAGAAACAAUCCAAACAAUUGAUCCAAAAAUAAAAGAAGUGUGUCUAAAACAAGGGAGAUGCAAGCAAGCAGAAAAUCUUAAAAAGCAAGCAGAAAAAAUGAUUAAUACAUCAAAUUCCAAAUACACAGCACCUAAUGUUGGUGAUACAGUAAGGAUUCGUGUACCUGAUGUAGAUCGAGCUCGCAGUGAUGGAAAAAAUAUUUUAGGUGUCGUUGCGGUUAAAGAUAAAAACCUUUACAAACUGGGUACCAAAUACGGCAUAUUAAAUCUAUUAUAUUCCAGAAACCAAUUUACUGUUUGUAAAGAAAACUUCAUUUCUGUUGGAGAUGUAUCAGGUGCAGAAAUUUCGCUUAGAGAAUGUGCAAGAAUGUCAUCAAUUUCUGAAGGCCACAACUAUAGUUGUUGCUGCUGAAAAAUUGGUUGAAAAUCUAAUAGAUGCAAAUGCUACCAAAGAAAAAAAAAUUAUGUAAUUCCAAAUGUCAUGAAAAUCUUAAUUGCUCAAAUAAAUAAACUAAAAAACAUUUAAUUUUUUAUAUAAUUUAUACCAAAAAUU